AUGCACCGCUUCUUUUUGACCACGAACAACCUGAGCUGCAUACCCGUGUACUGCCGCCCCGGAGUGGUGGUGCACGGUGAUGGCGUGUUCCUGCCGCGCACGUCGUUUGUGGGCGUGGUGUGGGCUCAGGACAUCCACCGCGAGUGGUUUGAGGCCUACACGUCCUGGUCCUACGAGCCCCUGGAGUUUGCCAACACAGCGGCCGUCAAGGGCUUCACCGACGUGUUCAUAUUCUUCAGGCCCGUAUCACGGCCAGACCCCCAGCGGCCGCGAGUCAUCUGA